AUGUACAUUCCAUCUGAUGACUCUAUUACUCCCACUGUCUUCAAAGGUCUUUACGAAUCAUCUAAACGAAAAAUUAAAGACACAGUUCCACAUAUCUCAGAGGAUGCUGAGGUUAACGGCUCGAAGUCACAACAUGCUAGACGCCAGCCGCAACCCCUGUUGACAAGAUCUACUCGGAGAGCUCCGCUCCAGCAAAGCUUGAAGGUUCUCCAGACCGGAGUGACAACAGUCGAUGUCCCUGGAACAGGUGGUGGUAAAGAAAACAUUCCUCCUGGGUUCUCCGUCAUCGCCAACAAAACAAGCAAAUCAAAGAUCCAUUCACCAGUGUCUAAAAUGGCCCGUCCAGCCGUGCAAAACGCUACUCCCAGAGCACGCAUAACAACCAAGCCCAAACAAGCGCGAAAAGAGCCACUGAAGCGAGCGGCUCUGGACGAAACUCGAGACAAUGUCGUCAGAAUCAGAGUCUCCAAAAAGAUAGAACAUUCACCACCUGCCAAGACUAUUUGCGCCUCUCCCUUGAAGCAUGCCCACUCCGCCGUCGUUAUUCAACGGGCGUGGCGGUCAUUUACAGAACGACAGAAUAAGCAGUUGUGGGCUACAGUCACUCCCAGGAUGGAGUUGGCAUAUGAGGUGAUUGCUCGAUGGUGGCACGGUGUCAAAGCCCGCGAGCUGCGAGAGCAGGCAGAGCAGGUGAAGCUGGCCGAUAGCAUUAAACAAACGCCCCGACGCAAAUCUGCUGGCCAGAGAUCGUCUGUUCGCCAGAACCAACUCAAUUCUGGCCGCAGAGGCAUUCGGCGCCUCUAA